AUGUAUCGCAGGAUUAUCGCGUUAUUUCUCUUGUGCUUCGCCAAAUUGGCUUGGUCUCAAUUCCUCAACUCUUCCGAAACUUAUGAGUACAUCGUGGUGGGAUCGGGACCUGGCGGAGGCCCUUUGGCGGCCAACCUUGCCAGGGCAGGUCACUCCGUGUUACUAAUCGAGGCGGGCGACGACCAAGUCGACAACCAGAACUCAUACAUGGUCUACAACAACACCCCCGCGAUCAACGACCCUUUGACCAGAUGGGACUUCUUCGUCACCCGGGAUCUCCCGGAGAUCGAUAACACUUACGAGUUCACCACUUGGAACACCACAGAGGGAGACUUCUAUGUAGGGCUCGAUGCUCCUGCUGGUUCUGAACGGCUCGGGGUGUACUAUCCACGAGCCGGCACCUUGGGAGGCUGUGCUAUGCAUAACGCGGCAUCCAUCUCUCUUCCCGCAGACAAGGACUGGCAGGAUGUUGCCGAUAUCACUGGAGACGAGUCUUGGUCACCAGCCAACAUGCGACAGUACUUGGUUCGAUUGGAGAGAUGCAACUAUCUCGUCAACGGCAGCGAUCCAUCACACGGCUUUACGGGUUACAUCGAUACAUCUCAGGGUGACUACUCAUGGGCACUAAAUGAGUCCGACGUUACCACACUGGCCUGGUACUCCUCUCUAGCUCUUGGCUCACCUUCGAACAUCAGCUCUGCGGAGCUGGCUCAACUGCUCGGCAGAGAUAUCAACUCCAACGACGUCAAUAGAGAUGACACUGUUGGCGUAUUCACCGGUCACACCCACUCGCGAAACGGCGUGCGAUCCAGUCCUAGCAACUACAUUCGCGCAACGCUGGCCGAUGAGAGAAAGUUCCCUUUGACUCUUCAACUGAACACUCUUGCGACCAAGAUCAUCUUCGGCAAUUCGACAACCGCAGGAGGAGCGCCAAAAGCAGUCGGCGUUGAGUACCUUCAGGGCCAAAGCCUUUACUCAGCUGACCCUCGCCGUGACUCUUCCAACCAGGGAGUUCCCGGACGAGCAUUCGCAUCAAAAGAAGUCAUCAUCGCCGGUGGCGUCUUCAAUUCCCCUCAACUGCUCAAACUCAGCGGUCUCGGACCCGCCGAGGAACUGGCAAGUCUGGACAUUCCUUUAGUCAAAGACCUGCCCGGAGUCGGCACGAACAUGCACGACAACUACGAGGGAGUCGUCUACGGCACAUUCGAACAGCCAGUCGUCGGCUUCUAUGACAUGUUCAUGGAAACGUCGUUUGCGAACAGCACGAGGGACAUUCACUUCUACUGCGGCAGCAUGAACUUCAUCGGAUUCUUCCCCGGCAUGCCUGGCUACAACCCAAAUGAGUUCGAGUGUGGGUUCAUGCAACUCCACGCGCGGAACAUCAACGGCACAGUCAAACUCAAGUCCAAAGACCCUCGCGAGAUGCCCGAUAUUCAUCUCGGAUUCUUUUCGGAGGGCGACGAUGCUGAUCUUGACUCUAUGCUGGAGGCCAUCAAGCUUGCGAGGUCAGUGUUGACCAAACUUACGGACAACACCUUCACGGAGCACCGUCCUUGCCGUCAAGGUGCUGCCAGCUGUACCGAUGAGGACCAGAAGGCGUUCCUCCGAGCUCAAACUUACUCUCAUCACGUUUCCGGGACGUGUGCUAUCGGUGCCGCUGAUGACCCGAUGGCAGUUUUGGAUUCAGAAUUCCGCGUCAGGGGCGUCGACGGUCUUCGGGUAGUUGACGGCUCUGUCUUUCCAGUUCAGCCUGGGGAGGUUCCGAGUUUGGCCACCUUCAUGAUCAGUGAAAAGGCGCUGGACUCUAUUUUGGGAAGUGAAAAGAGGUGA